AUGCUCCGGCAUGGGGGGGGACCCCCUGGCUUCCCGGGGAAGGUCGGUCCGGCCGGGCCACCAGGGCCUGUGGCCGAGAAGGGCAGCGAGGGCAUGCGUGGCCCUACUGGGAUGCCAGGACCCCCUGGACCACCCGGACCUCCAGGCAUCCAGGGGGACAGCCUCCCUGUAACCCCCCCAGGUCACCCCCAAUCCCCAUCUCUUUCUCCCUAGGGUGACCCCGGCCCCCCAGGACCACCAGGGAUGAUGGGUCCUCCG